AUGUCGGACGAGGAUUUGAGUUUCCACUUAAGUGUGAAAAAUUGCCUUCGCUGCAAAAACAAAUUCCAAUGUUCUGGACUCUAUCAGUCACAUUUGAAAUCAUGCAAGAAAACUCAGUUCAGGUGUGACAAGUGCCAGAAAACAUUCAUCAAAAGAUCCAAGUUGAAUUACCACACGAAAAGAAAACACAUUACGCUUGGGAUUCAGCACAAAUACAAAUACCGGCUGGUCGUUUUGUACGCGCGCGGCAUCGUCAGCGAGACCGUGGCCGCAACAACAUCGACGGCGGCAAGUUCAGGUGGUCUGUCAGAAAUGUCGUUCCAAAAGGCACUGUGCUUGAUCUGCGAGCGUCCGGUGGCGGACGGCGCUGUCCUCGCUGUCCACGUGGACAAGGAAAAACUAGGGGAUUGGUUUCUCAACAUCUGUGGACACGAGUUGUAUGAGGAAAUCGAGGACGAGGACAAAAUUUGCUACUUUUGCCUCUGCCACGCCGAAUUUCAAUGGAAAUUCGACGAGAUGGUGGACGAGUCUUUGGUUUGGUGGCUCAGGAAUUCAGAAUAUUUGGACGAUGCGGCAAAGGAGCUGCGGAGGAACUAUUUCGGACAUAUGAAGAAAAUGCACAAGAAAGCCAUUAGAUGUGAAAAGCACAAAUGCGCUACUUAUUUCCAAACUCUUGAAGAAAAAGAAGAGCACACAAAGACUGUUCACGAACGCUCAAGACAGCGAGAAAAAGUCGAGUGCAGCUUUUGUGGAAAGAAAUUCGAGGGACCGAAAAACCUCAAAAAGCAUAUUCGCACAGUUCACAAAGAUUUUCCAGUAAAAUGCUCUCGGAUUGGAUGCCUUUCCUACUUCAAAACACAAAUUGAAAUGGAAACACACUUUGAAUCUGCGCACAAACGCGAACACAUGGCAAAGAGAUUUCAAUGCAAUGACUGUGGCCACAGAGCAAGGUUUAAAUCUGAUUUGAAAGAGCACAUCAUUAGAAAACACAUACCAACCUCAAGUUCAGGUGGUCCUACUGAAAUGUCGUUACAAAAGGCACUGUGCUUGAUCUGCGAGCGUCCGGUGGCGGACGGCGCUGUCCUCGUUGUCCACGUUGACAAGGAGAAACUGCAGACUUGGUUUCUCAACGUCUGCGGACACGAGAAAAAGAAGAGCACACAAAGACUGUUCAUGAAAUCUCAAGACAACGUGACAAAGUCGAGUGCAGCUUUUGUGGAAAGGAAUUCGAGGGGUCAAAAUGCUACAAAAGUCAUGUUCGCCAAGUUCACAAAGAGUUUCCUGUAA